AUGUGCUACAGUGCAAGUGAAAAAUUUGUUCCAAGUUUGGAUUUUCCUGAACUGCACACUUGUUUCAAGUUAUAUUUCAGAAAGAUAGCUCUGAGUGCCAUUGCUGAAGCAAGUAGUCAUUAUAGGCUUGCUAAGAAAUAUUGGAGCUCAUCUAACACAUACAGACCAAAGAAGUAUAUUGUUCAUACUUUUAGAGAUUUAUUAUUUGCUAUUCAAAUAGUGAAAUUCAGAAGAAUUGUUGACUUUUCUCAGUCCAACGAUUUGUAUUAUGAAAUAAUGGGAAAAGAGGAAACUGAUUGGAAUUAUUUUGAUUCAAUUUACUAUGCGAGAUAUCAAAAAAUGAAAGAGGAACUAAAUGAACUAGUAAUGCUACCACCAAUUGUGAAAGAAAUUGAAAAACUUCCAAACAGUAUUCAUGUUUAUGUCACUAGAAUGAAUAAUGACUUCCAAUCCAUCUCAGAUGAAUUGGAAAGCUAUUUUUCACUGGAUAUUACACACAAAAAUGAAAACAAUGUGGAAUAUCUAUAUUUUAGAGGAACAGAUGAAACUCCUCUAUAUUCAGAUUUUACCCUGAAGUUGUUUAAUGGUUGCAUACUCGGUAAAUUCAAUAAUGUCACGGAACUCAUCUGCCUCCCUCAUAAGAAAGCUAUUCCUGUUGGAAAUCGUUAUCAACCAAAGGUACUAGAUAUUAAAAAUGGUUGUACCAUUUGGAAUAUUGAAGCCAGUGCAAAUAUAGAAAAUCUCAUGGUACACAUAUACUAUGACAUUUUUACUCACAAUUGGAAAAUGUUACACAAUGAAAAACCUAGUUGUGAAAUUAUAUGGAAGAAAUUUAAGGAACUAGGCUAUGAAACUCCAAAUAAUGUAGAUUUUACGUAUACAUUUGAAGUAAUAUUGGAAAGGAAAACAUUUAUUAUUCAACAAAUUAACCUCUUUUCAAUUCAAGAUACGAAGAAAGAGGUAAUGGUCGAUUUUUCUGAAGAGCUCUACUCAACGAAGAGAUUAAAACAUAAUGGACUUACCUCACUGACUCACAUUACUAACUAUGCUAAGCAAAUUAACCCAUUGGAAACCAAAGAAAUAUUAAUUAUUGAAAAAUCAUGCAUUCUUUCAUAUAUCCUACCUCAAUUCAAUAUUUUGAGCAAUAGCUCUGAAAAUGCUGCAGAGAGAGUUACCAUUGAGCUUUUACGUACUUCUCUCAAUAAUCCUCAACUCAUUGAAAUGGCAAGAGAUUAUGUCACCCUUAGAUUCAACUCCUCUACGAUAUUCGAUUCCGUACACAAAAAGAUUUCACUCCUUGUUGAUAAGAUAUCAUUUGUUAUCAACAACGCAUGCGCAGCACCUUAUCCAUGCGCUACCGUCUAUCGUCCAUUUUCUGCUGAUUCUCUGUGGAAUAGUCGUCCGGUCAAUCCUGUCCUUGCUGAAAAUGUCACCAUACCAGAAUCUGAAGUAAAAUAUUACCCAGCAAUUGGUGAAGGAAGUUUCUCAACAGGUGUCUAUAUUGCAUCAGCCUCUGAUCCAUCAGUGACAGUUUAUGGUCCUUCUGAUUCGGUUGGAAUUAAUCUUUCUGAAGCUUUCGCCAAAGUACCAAGUCUUGUAAUUCCAAGAUGGCCAGGAAAUACUAUUCCUGCAUCAGGUGGUGAUGGCCAUUGUGAAAUUUAUGAUCCAAUUGAUAAUAGAAUUCACUCUUUCUGGCAAUUGAAGAAGGUGAAUGGUACAUGGCGUGCAACUCUUUAUGGAUGGUCUGCAUUGGAUGGACCUGGUUGGUCAACUCCUGCUACUUUUUAUUCUGGAGCUAGAGCAGUUGGUAUUGCCUCCUCUGCAGGAUUGAUUCGUACUCAUGAAGUAAAUGAUGGUGAUACCAUGUAUAGACAUGCUUUAACCAUGUCCAUGACCAAUAAUGGUUUGGACAACAAUCCUACUUAUGUCUUUCCAGCCACAGCUGCCGAUAGUGAUGCUGCAACCACUAACUAUGGUAAUAUUCCAGAAGGCAGUCGUCUAUUUUUGCCAUCUUCAUUCAAUGUAUCUAAAUUGAUAUCUACUCCAAAAUUGAAAAAGAUUGCUGAAACUUUGAAAACUUAUGGAGCUUAUGUCACUGAUAGAAAUUAUGGAACACCAUAUUUUAUCUAUGUUGAAAUGGGAUCCAAUUAUACACUCCAUCCAGGUGGUUGGAAUAAUGUAGCAGCCAGUGAAUUGCAAGUUAUUCGUGCAGCUCUUCGUCCAAUGGUUUCAUGCUCUGGUUGGCUUAAUGGAAAUGAUCAACAAGUCACAUUUACACAAAAUCAAAAUGUUUUAUCAAUGAGAGGUCCAUGGGGUUUAGAAAGUGGACCAUCAGGAGGAAGUUAUGAUACAUGGAAACAAGCUGUAGUGUUUGCUAAUAGAACUUCUAGGACAACCUUCAGAACUUACAGUGCAAACGGAUUUGCUAAGGUUUCCUGGGGAUCCCCAACAAGUGGAGUAUUAUAUAAUGUUACUGCCAAGACAACAGGUGGUGGUCAAUUCAGAUUGCUCUUGAAUAUGCAAUGUCAAAACAAGUCAAAUAUUGAUACAGGUGCGCUCUCUAAUGGACAAAGUUAUUUAUUUACAUGGCCAUCUUCAUAUUGCUCUAGUUCUAUUUUUGCCUAUAGUGGAGUCAACCAAGAAUCAAGUGUGUCUGUGACCAUGUUGAGAUAUGAAGCUCCACAACCACAAGAUACCUCAUCUAAAGGUGGAUCUACUAAUCCAUCUAGCUCGUCUACAAUUGUACCAACCCCAUCAAAAUCCUCAAGAAACGUCAAUAGUUCUGUAAGAGUGGAAUAUAGUUUGGUUCUUGGCAUUUUCUUUGUAAUUCUAUCACUUCUUCAAUUCUAG